CUUUCCUCUCAUCUUUGGAAAUGUUAGUCGGUUCAAACGAAGAGCCUGGAGGCGGUCUAAACCCGGUCUAAAACCAGUGUAGACCCGGUCCACGGUCCGGCACACGUGUGUCUGAUUUCGGGGGCUGGUGCUGCUGGUCUCCUGACAGAUCCUCGGCGGUUUCCUCUCGGAGGAAAUGAUGGAGAAGGAAAGUUGGUGACGCCGCUCCGUGUUUGUGGGGACAGGAAAAAAAACUCACGAACAUUUUUACUCGCUGUUUGCUCGACUUUCUGAUCCUCAUCAUAACACUCAAAAAGACCACGGUACAAGUCUGUAUGGAUCUGGGAUUUCUACGUUUUCUAACUCUGAAAUGUCUCAUGAUUGGAAAUGCAGCUCCACGCCUGUCUGCUGCUCCUCAUUAUUACAACAGGUAAGAGAACCUGAGAUCUCCUGAUACUCACUAAACUUUGUUUUUAUGUCUGAAACUGCAGAUUCAAUAACUGCUCUGUUGUCAGGUAAAUGUGCAGGUGGACAGGAUUUCUGCAUGGCUAGUUUUUUGGGGGGUUACCUGAGCGAUAUAGUCCUGUGUCAGAUCUUGGGAUUAGUCUCCUUUGACAGAUUAUCAAAAAUAUGGGAUUAAAUACUGGGUCCAAGAUUAUUUUUCAACUCAUGUAUCCCUCUAAUGCCUGAAACCACAAAUUAUGGCCAGAAAAUUCAAUUUUUUUGGAGCUGAAAUGUUUAUUUCACUGAAUACUGAAAAUAAAAAAAAAUCAAAUUGUCCUCAAAUAUAUUUAUUUAUCUCAUUUGGUACAUUAGAUGUUUUUUGAAUCUGAUAAACUACAAGAGGACAUUUUUAUCAUUUAUCUGACUGUAUUCAGGUGAUUUUUUUAGUAAUUUGUUGAUCAUAUUGAUUUGAUAGAAGUAAAUAAAAGUAUGUAUCAAAAGGCAUUAAAGGGUUAAACAGCCCAGACUACUUAUUCAAACUUUUAGAAUUAUAUUAGAAUAUUUUAGAUGUGUUAAAAUUUCCUAUUUUUCAUUAAAAACUUGUUUGAAAUGUAACUUGUUGUUAUAUCCUCCAUAAGAACACAGAGAACAGUUUAAUAUGUGCUCAUUCUAUGGAGGCCCUGAGGUACCAAAAGUUAAACUUUUAUGAAAUAACUUUUUGGUUUGUGUUGAAUUUGACUGAACAGUUCAUCAGUUCUUGUAAAUAUAAGUUUUGAGUCUUGUGCUCUGGAGUGAAUAAAAUGAAUAUUGUUCAUACGACUUUUUAUAUUAUAUUUAUAUUGUUAUUAUUGUGCGUGCUAAAGUUGAUAUCCUGUGCUCAGAAGUGAAUUACUUUGUGGAUUACUACCGUCUAAAAACCCACUUUUAUUUCUUGGCUUUUGACCCAGUAUGAGACGGCAUUUGUUUUAUUGCUUUUUUAUUAUAUUCUAAAACAAUUAUUUAUUGUUGUUUUAUGUUUUUAUGUUAUUAUGUACAGCACUCUGUGUCAGCUUUGGUUGCAUUUAAAGUGAUCUAUAAGUCAAUUACUAUCUGAGGAGCAUAUGUCUUCAGCUGUUAUCUGGUGGGAACAAGUUAUCAAGAUAGCAUAGUAUACCUCAAAUGAGUCACAUGACUUACAUGCACAAGACAAUAAUUUUGUGCUCCAGGGCUGCCGUACAACCUUGUCCAUUUGUCGACCUUUAAUUUACUUUCAUAGUUUUUAGUUUAAAUAUAAAUGAUUGUGUUAGACAGCGUAUAGGUUUCAUUAGUGCGUCUCUUUUGUCUCUCCACAGAUAAAUCGUGGGCCUCGUCGCAGCUCCUCUGUGGUGGAAACUUCGACCUGGAUCAGGACCCUGCUGGUCGCUUCAAUCUCACUCUACCUGGACUUUUUCCCGACUCCACCGACAGACCCAGUUCUGUAACCCACCUCUCUGAAGAAAUCCUACCAAUCACAGUUUGCACUUGGACUCUAAGUCUCCCUCCGGGUCGGACGGUACUUUUAAAGUUGGUAUGGUUGGAGAGUAACUCGAGUAUAUCAGUUCACUGUGUCCCAAACAGAGAAGAUCUGGUUCUGGAGGGCCUCAGGGGGUCGGCUCUGCUGUCCGGCUGUGACAGAAACAAAGCAACACUUUCUUGGACAGGACCGAGACAGUCGUCAAAUGUAAUUGAGCUGUCUUAUUAUGGUGAGAAACGCUGACUUUGUUAUCCUGUUGGGUUUAUUGAGUCUCCGUGGCCUAAAUGCUCGAUCACGAGAGUUUGAUUCAAUUCUACAAAACUAGAUUACGCUUGUUUCAGAGUUUGUUUUUAACCUAUAGUGUGUCAGUGAAGUAUUUUUGUUUACCAUGUUGGCUCCUUUGGUUUCAUACUGUGUAAUUGUGGAAACAAACUGUGGAAAUAUAGAGUUCAAAAUAUGUUGUUAUGAGCUCUAAAUCUGUCGGAAAGUUCUUAUCACGCUAACUGUGGGGAGAGUUAGACAGAAGUUAUGUUGUUGUGAUUUCGCCUCACCCUCUCUCUCUCUCUCUCUCUUUCUCUCUCUCUCUCUUUCUCUCUGUUUUUGUCUCUUUUUCCUGGUCAUGCAGUCCAGGAAGAUGACCCGCAUUCCUCAGAGGACCACACCAACUCUUACUCAAACCAAGACCUCUUGCAUCGGUCUCAGACAGGAACCAGCUUUACAAGAAGUGCUCUCAUUGGUGAAGAGAUAGUGAGCGGGGAAGACGAGGGCAAAGGUCGACUCUACGAAGGUCUUGACUCGAGUUCUGGGCCGUAUUCCUCCUCUCAGGACCAGGGUCUGCUCCGCCCUACCUCAUCCCUGCAGGGACUCGCCUCAACGUGGAAAGCCGAUAGGGAAACUCUCCCUCUUCCUGAGGAAGGACCGAACAAUGGAGCGGAUACAUCUGGAGCGGCUCACCUCGCUGAUCGUCCCACGUCUGCCAGAGGGAGGACACGCCCCUAUUUUCAGCCGACGCUCAGCGCAGAGUCACUUUUUCACGGUUUCAAGGAAGAAAACACGGAAAGAAGCGCUGGAGAUGAGCAGACGACACUCACACAUGAAACAGAAAGUCACUUUAACACUUCGGAUGGCACAGAUAUACAGAAAUCUACAACCACUCAUCCUUCUUUCCUGAGCUCUGACACCCAAACUAUCGUCUCUUCUUCACCUCUGACAACCAGGGUGAGUGGCCCCCUUUUAACCCCACAUUUUGGAGCUGAUUCUGGGCCACCUGGAGAGAAAUCACCCCCAUCCUGGAGGAGCCAUCGAAGCACAGCCGAGCUGAACUCCGAUCCCACCUCCUCAGUUACCGCUAACCCCCUAAAAACCUCCACUGAAGGUCCAGAGGAAGCCUCAACAAGUGCAAACACCGAUACAGAACCCACUGCAGUAUCGCUCCCAUCCUCCUCACAGGACCCCAUGAUGGCAUUCUCACCCACCACCGCAGCUUCAGACAACAGCAGCACUGUCAGGACUGUGGAGGCCGCUUCAUUUCAUCCAAACACGAGUACAAACGGCUCUUUAGGAUCUGACACUCCGGACUUUACCAGCCCGUCUGCUGCGUUCGAGUCCUCGGAAAAGCUCGGAAACACGGAGAUGCUUCACUCUUUAACUUCUCCUUCUUCUAUAUUGAGUCAAACCGACUUUCCCCAAAGCACAGAGAGCAUCACACAAACUCCUUACACACAGACAGACACAGAAAGUACACAAAGCAUCUCUGCUGCUGUCUCGUCUUUGCCAGAUGGAACCAAAGAUGAUGACUGGACUUUAAGUUUCACAGAUUUCUCAACACCUGGAGCAGCUGGAACAUCGGGGGAUGUCGUCCAAAGCUCCGCUGUUAACAGAAACACUGAAUCUUAUACUUUAGAUGACAACGUGGCAGCAAAUUCACAGACUUCUGCUUCCCUUUUGUCAACAAGUACAACCCCACACUCCUCCACAGACUCACAAACACUCCAAACACACUCUACAUCCCCCGGUGUUUCACUUUCUGUUCACACAACCUCUCCUCUGUCGUCUGCUACCAGUCAACCCGCCGCACACACGCCCCUCUUGGACCGAGAAACCGUGCCGACGACUUCAGAAACAUCAACAGUCAGACGUCCAUCCUCACACACACCUUUUCCAUCCUCCACUGAUGCCCCACUAACACAGAAACACUCCGGAGAUCAUGUUACUGCCACACAAGCUUCUCCGCCCUCCGUCACAACUGCAAACAGAGAUAAAGGAGACAGAGAGGUAGAGGAACGGGACGAGUCUCCCUCUGCUGGAUCUCCGUCAAACACCACACCACACACCAUCCAGGAGAGCCUCACGACUCUCCGAACAGCUGUUUUUAACUCCAAACCUACUCAGAGCUCCACAACCAGUCAGACACCCAAGUACUACAUCGUACCCGACCAGCCAGCAGCCAUCGGAGGUGAGGUUGUUUGUUUGUUUGAGGAAUGAAUCAGAGUUUGGGUGUUCAGUCCUGUUAUACUGACGUUAUUUACUUGUGCCAUCUAGUGGAGUCGAUCGAGCUGCUGCUGCAGAUCAUCGUGGAAGAGUCCAGAUCAGAUUUAAAGUCCAACCUGGAAGAAGACGCGACUGCUUGGGUAAGAGAUUCUGCACAUGAAGGCUAGAAGGUCCCAUAUGAUGACAAACAUGUCUACUUCACAUCCUCCAGCCCUGUAGCUCUGAGAGUGUGGAAGUUAAAAAGCUUCUGUGUUAUGUUUGAAGUAAAACCUUCGAGGAAAAUAAAGAUUUGAUUUCAGCUGCUUUGGUGAUGUAACCACAGGAGAGAUAACCACGCCCUGUUAAUCUGUCAUUGUCUUGGUUACCCACAUUAACUAAUAAGGAGGUGAAUUAAAAGAAAACGAGUCAGUCAAAGUUUUUCUGUACCCACCUCUGGUCAUGUCGGAGUGUUUCCCCCUUAAUCCACCUGCACCGGUUAGUACAGCCCCACACAGAUCACUGCACCAGGGUUGAGGUUCGAGGCAGAUCCGUCAUGAAGGUUAAAUCUGUGAUGUUUUUUUUUUUUUGCAUUUAAUUGUUGCAGACGGAUUAAAAUACCAUCAAAUGUGACUUUUCAACAUGCAAUGACAAGCAGAAGAUCGUCCAUUUUUUCAGAUCAAGUUUACAGAGACUCUGCUUCAUUUUUCACUUUGUGUUUCUCUCAGAUGGAGCCGUACCUUCAGAGAGCCCCGGGGUUCAGCAGGCUGCUCGGAGUCUGGAGCAGGUGAGGUCCUUUUCUGAACGUCUGUGUGUCUAAUGUGGCCAAAGUGUGUGAAAUUCAUCAAUAAGAUAAUUGGUUGUAAAACUGAUCAGAUCGGUUUCCUCCUUGAAUUGUAACUUUUUUAAAAUUUUAUUUUAAUGGUGGUGAGAAGGUCAGAGCAGAGAAACACCAUUUCUUUACAUUUUAUUCUUAAACAAUCAAAAUAAGAGACCUGAGGAUGAGGACCACAUGAAGAAAAAAAUAAUUACAGAAGGGGGUUAAAGUCAAAAAUUCGAGAUCAAAAAAAUCGAAAUUAUGUCAAUAAAGACGAAAUUUUGGGAUUACAAAAUAUCAAAAUGUCGUGAACAAUACCAAAAUGUCUUGAGCACAAAAAAUACAUUUUUCAGUUUAAAAUAAAAAUUUGGACUUUAUUCAUGUAAUUCCGUUUUUUUUUAUUUUGAAAAAUUUCAACUUUAAUGACAUAAUUUUGAUUUUUUAAUCUUGAAAUUUGAAAUUUCGACUUUAAUCCCGAAAUAUCGGCUUUAAUCUCCUUCCUGUAAUUAUUUUUUUUCUUUAUGUGGUUUUUAUCCUCUUUCAUACAAACAUGUCUUCAAAAUUUCAUUUUUUUUUAAAUUUCAACUUUUUAAAUUUUGACUUUAAUCUCAAAUGGAAAUUAAAAAAAUCUCCCUCCUGUAAUUAAUUUUUUUAUCUUCUUGUGGUCUUAUUCCUCUUUAGUUUGUUUCAAUGUUAAAAUAAAGAUGAGAAAAUGCUGCCCAAUAAUACACACUAAACAUGUUAAGUGAGUACAUCUCUGCCCACAGGGGGCGCCAUAAUAGACAUUAGCUGAAAAUCCUCACAGCAGCUUUGAAAAAAUGAAAACCUUCUGAUUUUAAAAACUCAAAGUAAGAAAAUCAGACGAGGUUUCAGUGAUUUCACAGUUUUUAGUUUGGGUUUUGAUCGUACGAGUUAAAGGAAGGUUCAGUUCUCUGGUUCCAUCUUCGGAUCUGGAAAAAACGGCCUAAUUUGGAAAGUGGGUUGAAAUUUUCCCACACCACAGUGGAUGAGCUCUCCUGUUUUUAUCCACAUGGUAAGAGGAGCCUUUGGUAUUCUUGGGACAGAGAGAGUCAGUGCGGUUUCACUUUUUCAGAGUCUGUAUGUCGACAUCUGUGACUCCACAUGUCGUCACCAAAAAGCUGCUGAAAGAUACCUGAACAAAGAUACCUGAACGACAGGUACGAGAGGUAAAUCGACAGUUUUCUUGUCGUUGCAGCGGUCAUGCAGUUCAGAGUCUGGUCCAGUUUAAGACCAGCCAGGCUCUGGAGUGGCUCGGCAGGACCGGUCCGUCAUCUCUGUUGGAGAGAACAGGACUCACUCAGGCUGUCCGAGACGGGCGGAAAUUCAGAUCCUCCAAGAUCACCAACAUCACUCUGGGAGGUAAACCUCAGCCGCUCCACCGAUCAGACUUUUACUCUUUCACUUUUUAUGAAAGUCCAUUUCUGUUACCAAACUCGUGUUGAGCUGCCAACCCGAGGAGAGCUGAGUCAGGAUCCGGACUCUGAGGGUUCAGAACAGUUCUCACUGAGGAGCUUAUGUUUGGAGUAAUUUUCCACAUUCCUGUCAUUUUCUCCUGACUCCUCUGACUGUUUAAUGAAAAUAUACUCCGACUGCAGGGUGACUUUAUUUACCUGAGAGGAGCUCCUCCUCGUUUGACCCACUUAGAGAGACGGACUCAGAAACACCAAAACCUGCUCCGUUUGACUCCGUUUAGGAGCUCACAAUCAGGUUACAGGAAAUCUGAUUAACGGACCUCAAUUACGAAGAUGUGGUGUGACUGUUUGGACCUUCUCAGUGCAGGGUUGUUACUGGAUUUGAUGUCAUUACACUUAAUGACGGCGUUUAACAGUGUGUCGGUCCUUAAAGAGGGGCAGUCUGUUCCUCUCUCCAUGUGAUUUCUUCUCCAUUAAAAGACCUUAAAAAGUCAAGAACAAGUAACUUCAUGAAGUCCUUAAUAAACACUAAUUCAGGCUCAGGAUCAAAUUAGACAUUAUUUAUUAAAUCGAGCAAAGAUAUCCAAAUAAACAGGUCAACAAAGUUACUCUCGUACUCGACUGUAUUUGCUUUAUCUCAGCUGAAGGUUGAAAAGCGUAGAGCGCCGUAAGUCGAUCCUCCGUCAUGUUUUCCCCUCAGGUGUGCAGGCUGAUGUGUGUGACUGGUUACUGCAGUGCCCAGCGGGACUGAAGUGUGUGUCCCAGCCCGGCUCUUCAAACUACAGCUGCUCAUCCGUCUGCCACUUCGACCACUGCCACCACCACGGCAUCUGCACGCACCACCCGGGACAACUUCCAGUCUGCCGGUGAGAGCGCGCUCAUUCAAAGUAUCUAGAGUAUCACCGUCCGCUCGUGAGGCGUUCUGGGUUGUAAAUGUGGUUUUGUCCGGAUCAGCUGCCUCGUAGGUGAGGACUUCUGGUACAUGGGUCAGAGGUGCGACGUGAGGAUGACUCGGGCGCGGCUCGUGGGUGCGUGUCUCGCCAUCUUGCUCAUCAUGGUGACAGUGAUCGGCGUUUUGGCCUUUGUUGCCGUGCGGCGAUACAAAGCAGCGCUGAUCCAGGCCAAAGUGGAUCAGACUCGGAGCAGGUACACACUGACGCAGAUAUAAAUCCUUCUCUACAGCCUCAGUCACAAAGACAUUACUGAUUACUAAAUUACAAAUGACUAAAGAGAAGUGUAAAAGGGUCAAAAAUGCAGAAACACUCGUAUUAAAAAACGUUAUUCAGAUACUGGCAGGUUUUGGUUUUAGGUCGUGCAAAAUUUGUGCAAAUGCAAGAAUGGAUGGACCAAUCAGAAACUGUUAUUUACUCUCAAGUGUAUUUACAGUGAAGUCUGAACCUGCUGAUGAAUUUACCUGAGGUGGAAAAAGUUUGUUACUUUAUUGUUAACAUUACUGGUGUAAGUAUCUCGGUCAAUCUGUGACUUUAAUACUUGCUUUUAAAACUUUUCCAUGUGUUCAAACUACCUUAACAUGAAAGAGGAUGAGGGCAACAAGAAGAGAAAGAAUAAUACAGGAGGGAGAUUUUUUUUAUUUCCAUUUUGAGAUUUAAGUUGAAAUUUCAAGAUUAAAGUGGAAAUUUUAAAAAGUCGAAAAUAAAACAAAAAACAGAAUUUUGACGAUAGUCCAAAUUACGUGAAUAAAGUCGAAAUUUCAACUUAAAUAUCAAAAUUCUAAAUUUUUUAAUCUCAAAAUUUAGAAUUUAUUCACAACAUUUCGACAUUUGGCAACCUCGAAAUUUCGAUUUUAAUCUUGAAAUUUGGACUUUAUUGACAUAAUUUAGAUUUUUUAAUCUGGAAAUUUGGACUUUAAUCUCCUGUAUUUAUUUAUUUUUAUUCUUUUCAUGUGUCCCUGAUCCUGUUUUAUAACACUCUGACAUAGUUUCAUCCUGUUAUAUUUUAAAAAAUAAUAUUAAUUAUGUUUUAAAUCUUGUACAAAUUUAUUGAUCUAAUAAUAACUAACAGGAAGAGGAGCGAUAAACCACAGAAAUAAAACAGCAGUGAAGUCACCAGAGGCAAAGACAAGUUUGUUUAGAGAGUUCAGCGCAAUGAAUGUUUCACAUGCUAACUAAGGUGCAAGGUUAAUUAUUCUUUAUUUCCAAAUUCACAAACAUGAGCUUCAGAUGAGGUUAGGGCUGGGCGAUAAACAGAAAAUUUAUCGUCCAUUUAUCGUUAUCAAGGUGAACUGAUCAAUAUAUCGUGAUAUUGAUUUGAGUCCAUAUCGCCCAGCCCUAGAUGAGGCUGUUUAAGUGGAGAAUCAUCAUCCAUCACUGUCUCACUGAAUGAACUCCCAGGUCUCUGCGUUUGUUCAGCGCUCAAACAAAACUAUGUCGGUGGAACAAACUGUGCAGAGAAGACAGGAAAUACACGAAAUUAAAAAUACAUAAACCAAUCAUUAUAUAUGAUAACCUGAAGACACUCUGUACAUGAUAAAUGAUGAAUGUAGAGUCCAGUAUAGUAUCAGCACCAAGCUUUCAGUCAUAUCAGAUGUCCUCUCUCUGGUCCAAAUAAUCUGUACGCGGUAAUUAACGACACCGAACUGCCAACUGCACCAAAAGAUCCAGCUCCACUCCACUGAACCGCAGACUGUGUGGGCUGAAGCUGCUGCUGUGAGCCAAUCACAUGCUGUAUCAAAGACCAGCUGUGAGCGGCACGUCUACGGAGUAUAUUUCUGUACUAGACCUGAAAAGGACUGAAUGUGGGAGUUUUGUGGACUGGUGCAGUUUUUGAUACUGUAAUCUAUGAAACACACACAUCUUAAAAUCGACACUGACAGGGGUGUGACUGCAGAUGAAGGGAGUGUAAUUACACCAGUGUCCAGCAGGUGUCCCUGUCUAGCUGUUAAAUCCCACUCUGAAGACUCUGGAGCCUGUGCUGCAGACUCUUUGCAAAUGUGGAGACAGUCUGGGUGAAUCCAAACGUCCACCCUCAGACCUGCAAUGCAGACACCCCUCGCUGUCAUACGUGCCGUGAGAUGUUGACUGUCAGCAUCACAUCUUUCAGUGACAGGACAGGAGAUCUCCCUCUCCUAUCAGGAUCAAACAUCUCAAAAACAUGAGUAAUAUUUCACCAAAUACAGACAGUUUUGUUUGAGGCUCUCGUGGAUUUAAUGAUCUGUGGAUGUGGACAGUUUUCAGGAUUUCUGUAGCUUCUUAAAACUGUACAGGAACCGUUUGAAUCUGGAGUCACAGAGCAGGACUGUAAGAGUUUAUCCGCCUGUACUGAGACAAUGUGGUUUCAUCCUCUGGCAGAGAUUAACUUCUAAUGUUGGGAAGAGACAGAGAAAGUUCAGACAGGAAGUCUGAAGAAGUUAAGCCGUAAAUCCAAAGUGUCUCUGUGACAGUAAAGAGGGAGCUGGACUCUUAGGCCGGAGCUUUACUUUCUAUAACGGGCUCAGUCAGUCAGUCAGUCAGUCAGCAGCAGAGUGAUCCUGUUUUUUAAUAUCUUCUAAUUUAGCUUCAGAGGAAAAAAAAAAAGAUCCUCAUCAUGAAACUUUCUGCAAAUGUUCAAAACUGUCUCAGGAACCUGGGGUAACCUGCAGCAGGAGGAGUAAACAUGACAGGCUGUGAAUAUUAACCUCACGUGGUGAUUCAUUGUGUGCAGCUAUCGCAGGUUCAACCAUUUUGAUGAGCUGUCAGGACGGUUCUGGUUGCGUUCGUGGGCAGGAUCAGCAGACUCGCUGGAUAAUCCUGCUUUCACACGCUCUGAUGAGUUACUGCACCUGCGGGCACUCGACCGCCCCUGCUGUUACCACGACGACACGCUGUCGCUGGCAUCCACCUGCCCCAGCCAUGGCACACGCAUCAACACUAUUUACCCGCACAGGUACACACAAACACACACACACACACAGUGACACAGACACACAGACAGAGGUUCAGCAUUACUCAUGAUCUGCUGAUCUGCUUGUUGGAAUAAUUAUGUUUGAAUAAUUAAUCCUGCUAAUGUGUGUGUCCUCCUCCUCCUCCUCCUCCUCCUCCUCCUCCUCCUCCUGUCUGAGUUUGAGAGUUUUUAGGCUUUAAUUAUAACUUAGAAAACAAAGAUGGAGAUUCGACUGGUCGACUGAUUGGAUGAUGCGUGCUGAGUCUGAGUUGAUUGGUCGACUCGAUUUUUCUCCGUCAAUUUACAGUCUAUGGUUAAUUUCAUCAGGAGGAACGUACCAAGUGCUAAUGGGGGUGUUUACAGAGCACCUCUGUUUCAAAGGCAUAGACUGUAUCUAGAGUGGACACCAUCUGCCUCCUCGCUGGGUGAAGCCACACCGAGAACAGCACCCUCUGGUGACGGGCUGCAGUAUAGGUCAUAAAUCCCGCCUCCCUAUGAAGCUGUGGACAAACUUUAUAAAUUAAUGACACAGGAUAUAAAUGUUUCUCCCCCCCGGAGGAAGAAGGCAGUUAAACAAUGUUGAAAUGCUCAAAAUAAAAAUAAAUAUUCAGUUGACCACAAGACACGACAUUUUAUUUUGUAGGAUGGUAGGCGAAGGUCCCGGCCUCCUUUGUCUCUGAUUGGCUAGAAAAGCUGGGCUCUGAUUGGUUAUUCCUUAUGGCUAAAAUGUCACGUCUGGUGGUUUACUGAAUAUUAAUUUUUAUUUUGAGCGUUUCAAAUUUUAUCAUGUUUAAUUCCCUUCUUGUGCUGAUAUCAGUAUAUUUUCACCCCGCCGAGUCGUGUCAUCGCCCGCCACAGAAGGUUUUGUUGUCAGAGUCGGAAAAUUAGUCAAUUUUUGGUCGAAAAUUUCAGGGUUUUAGUCGACCAAGAAUUAAUUUGGUUGAUUACAUCCCGAAUAAAAAUAGCAGCUCAGCCGUUUCUCUAACAUGAAUAUAAAGUUACUUCUGCUCUGAACUGUGAUCUCUAAAUCCCCCCAACACUCGUGUACAAAGAAAAAAAACUACAAUCCAGUAAAGACAACUGCUUUAAAACUGGAAACACAAAAAACAUAUUUAGAGGAAUACAGAAUAAAUAAAACUAAUGCGAAACCUCCAAAGAGUUCACACUUUAAUAUUUUUAAUGUCAUUUCUAAAUGUCUGACAUUAGGACCUGAAGUGGGCAGGGCCGUGUGCAGCGGUUUGUUGGAGCGUACAACAGCUGUGCACACAUCUUGAAGUGACCCUGGGGAACCCAAAAUGAACCCUAAAUAUAAACAUGAUCUGGAGAUCUGAAAGAGGAAGUUCAAAGAUGCUUCAAAUGUGUUUAGCCCUGCGGAUAAACCGCACACUCCACGUACAGAGUGACCCGAGUUUGAUUCGACAUAUUUCUUAUUCUGUUGUCUGAAUAAAGGCUGAGAGUGAAAGAGCCACAGUAGGUUUUAAAAGACGGAUACACAUAUGUUCAGAGAAAUACCGAUUAUGAGCUUUGACUAAAGAAUAACGAGUAAAUGAGGUAAAAACUGAACCGAUAAUUGGAUUUGGGAUUCUGUUGCUGUUGAGAUAUUGACCUUACAUUGACCCUGAUUAGAAAGGAUUAAUAAAGUUUCUAAUUGUUUGAAAUGUAAUAAAAUUGACUGAAUAAGUAAAACCCUUUAUCGGAGAAUAACAAAUCUGAAGUUUUCCUUCUUUAAAUUGUUUUUUGUUUGAUUUUUGCCUGAACGUAAAUGUCCCUGUAGCUCUCAGUACGGUUGGAGAGGAAGCGAGGUUAGCGUCGGCGACGGCGUGUUGGACUCGGGUAAGGCCAGCGACCUCUCAGUGUGUAGCUGGCCUGUCGAACCCAUUCAGUGGACUCCUUUCCCAAUCCUGCAGCAACUGGCCGCUCACAGGACACCUGCAGUGAGUGUCUGACUGUGUUUGUUUGUGAUGAUAAGAAAAAGUUGUUUGUUUACCCGUCUUUACGGUGAGUUGUUGUCGUUUUCCCCUGUUGAACCAGGUGAGGGUGUCGAGGCCGCGGUCCUACUGUGAGGGGAUGGAGCUGGUGGACAUGAAGAGCUGGACUGCCUGAAAAAAGAGGCAAAACUUUUCUUACACUGGUGCAACUUGGCCUCAGAAACUGCAGUUUAGUUGACAAUAUCUGUAAAUGUGUAUAUGUGUAUAUAUGUUUCUAUUUUUGUUGUUCCAGUUUGUCUCAAACCUGUUUCACCCCAAGUUCAUCCUGACUGCCUGUUUGUUGUUCUGUUAAUAUAUGUCUAAUACUUUGAUACAUGAAUGAUACUCAGGGUGAUACUGACUGUAUCUUUGCUUUUUGUAGUUAUUUAAACUUACUCCUACGUUGGCGGGAAACGUUUGUCCUUCAAAAACAAUUUAACAGCUUUCAGACAUUUUAUAGUUACAUACAUUAAACACGUUAGAAAAGAAAGAGAUAUAAGAGGAAUGAUAAAAACAAGAACCAAAGUUUGAAAUUAGUUUGGGGAAAGACUGACAUGCGAUCACGCUAAGACUGUUAGCCAAGCAUAGACGAGGAAAGCUAGCGUGAUUUCCUCCUUUUUAAUUAGGAAAUUUUCAACGGUAGGCUGAUUUAAUUAUACUUGCAUAUCUCUUUGAUAGUCCAUCUAACCAUUGACAGCACUUUUUCUUCCCUCUUUACUUCCAUAUUCAUAAACUGAUAGCAGAUUCAGCUGUAAUGUGGCACCAUCAGUUGGCCGAUUAGCUAAAUGGCUAAACAGCUAAACUGACUUUGUGAAUAGAGCAAUUUAGAGUUCAGCGUCUUCAGAGUCUAUCUGCAAGAACUGAGAUUAAAAAGGCAAACUUCCAUUUGAGAGACAACUACCGAAAAUUUACUGAUACCAAAAUUUUAAAUUUCGGUGUCAGUAAAAGAAAUAAAAAUUAACCGUGAUCUGAAAAAAUAAAUGCCGCAAUAUUGCAGGACAGGAAAACGUCUUGCAGCUUGUGCAGAAGUUAUCAUCCAUUUAUCGUUAUCGAGUUGAACUGCUCAAUAUAUCGUGAUGUUGAUUUGAGGCCGUAUCGCCCAGCCCCAAAUGCAGCUAACGAUCUAAAGAGGUUAAUUAAAGGUGAAGGAGUGCUGUCAAUCUGGCUAGUCAUACUGCUAACAGCAUUAACACAUUGUUUAGGAUAAUAUUGCAAAAAGAAAAAGAAAAACUUUUCAGUGGCUACUCCAGCUUUUUCUAAGAACUGAGUAUUACAGUGGGUUGAAGUAGUCUUGAUCCAUCCAAAGUCUCCUGUGGAGGUUUGAGUAAAUCUGGAUUUUUGGCCCAUAAAAGCCUGAGAUUAAUGUUUUUAUGCAAUUUGAAUAAUUACAAUUAGUUAUACUGGUACAAUUUAAGCAAAGGUAUGUCCUGCAGUAACAUGCACCCUGAUAUAUCUCUCAUCCUUUUUUGGUAACUACCGUUGCAGCACUCUCUUCUCAAAGGAAAUGUGAAAUCUUUAUGUAAAAAAUACUGUGUAGAAAUUACAGGGAAAAAACUAUCAAAAGACAAAGAAACAAACUCAAAACAAGAAAAACAUUUGAUCCACAAAAUAAAAAACAACAGCUACACACUAAAAGCUGUAUUCAGUGAUGAUAAAAAUAAAUAUGAAUUGUGAUCCAAUCUGAUCUUAUGAUCCUCGAUUUUGGACUAAAAUUUAGUGGACCCUUGGGCGUCCUAAUCCCAGCCAUUGUUCAAGCUCUGCUGUUCUUAUUUGCUAAUAAAUAAUGCUCCUAAAUGUUAAGUUUGGACUCUGAGAAUGGUAAACACAAAACACGUUUCCUGCCAGGCUGAGGUGGCUCUAGUGUUCGAGGAGCUUCACAUCGACCUUCGUCAGGAUCAAACCAAACACUCAUUCAAGGAGGAUUUCACUGCAGGGGUCUUUAAAAUAUGAAAAUACUUUCUUAAGACUAUAUUUAAAAUUAAAAAAUGUAUAUACAGUAUAUAAAAUAUGUGUUUCUGGUUUUAAUGUCUUUGUUGCCUCAUGACCCCGUGAUGCUUAUUUUCUGCAGACCAGUUGAAUUAUGUAUUCCAGGCCUACCCAGUACAGAACCCGCAGAUGCCCACAGAUUCACCUCAGCAUCUUGGUCUUUAAUAUUUUAUGUCCUAUCACUGUGACAGCCUGAACAUAGAGAGUACUUGUAAUUUUCUUCUGGCCUUUAUUCUUAAAUUCUACAUAAUAAUGUGAUGGUUUGGUCGAUAUAUAUUUAUAUUUGUGUGUGUUGUUCUGAUGUCCAGUUUUUGGACUGGUCUAUUCCAGCUUGGACGAUGUUUUACUACAUUGAGGGAAAGUCUGAAAAGUGAAAAGUUUAGACGCACACUUUGCAAAACUCUUAGAGAAAUAAUUUUGGUGUACAACACUGAACUGAAAAACUACUGAGCUACUUUGACAAAGGAAGCAGGUGACAGCGAUACUGCAACAUGCAUAUUUCUACAUUUUUAAUGUGUAGGCGGCGUGACGUUGAUAGAGGUUUAGCUUGGGUGAGGUAUGAAUCAUCAUAAUCUGUCUUUGUUUUUGUGGUUUUGACAUUUGGCAAAGAUUCAUCAUCAGUCUCACAUUUACCUGCCAGUCCUUUAACCCCUGACUGUUUGUAAAGCAGAUAAAGUGCCUUUAAUGGAGGUAAAAGUCAAUAGGCGCUGACAUGUAACGCCGGUGGAACCAAAGCGCUUGUAGAAGUGACCUUGCUAAUGAAGCCAUGGGACUGACAUGGUACGCCGUCAAGAUGUGCCUUUAACCUUCCCAUAAAACACCAGUUUCCCUUGAGACCGUACAGUCCAGUUCCCACUGGAGUCAACAUAGCUGUCAAUCAAUCUCCUUUUCAAAUCAAAUAACUAAAUCAGAACGAUAAUGACAGGCACCGUGUUUGAGAGCACCUUAUUUGGCAUGUGCUAAAAUUUGAUAGUGUAGGGUGACCAUACGUCAAUGUCAAUGUCAAUGUCAAUGUCAGCUUUAUUUAUAAAGCACAUUUAAAACAGCCAGUGGCCUACCAAAGUGCUUUACAGUAAAAUAGCCAGAAAUUCAGAAUACAGUCACCCUAUUAUGGUGGGACCUAUUGCUGAGUUUGAGUUACAUGAAAAUGACGUCACACCCAAAUUACAAAAGUUAUUUUAGCACUUGCCUUAUAUUUGGACAAGGCCAGUGCUAAAAUAACUUUCAUGGAUGUAGCCAUCUUGUUUCCGCCUCCGAUUUUCUGUUUUUCCGACUUGGUAACUGAAACGCUUGGAACUGGGGUGUGAUGUCAUUUUCAGCUCCGACAUCUGAUGUCUGCGGUAACUCGAACAUGGCAUAAGGCUACGUUCCUGUUUGUGUUGUCAAACAAUGGUGACGUUUGUCUCAUAUUGAUGUCGUAUAAGUCGGAUGAACGCGACCUGAGCGUCCACACUGCAGUCACAUCAGAUACAUAUCUGAUUUAUAUCCACAUACAGAAGAGGCCUGGGUCGGAUUAGGACCAAUCAGAAUUGACCUGUUCACACUUAGAUGAAAAAAUCAGAUAUGUGUCACAUAUGGUUAAAAAAUCGGAAUUGACCUGCAGUGCGAACAUCGCCCAAGUUCCAUCUGCUAACAUGAGGGGGCGGGGCUUGUAGGGCUUGUAACC